AUGGCUAAAGUUCACGGUUCUCUAGCUCGUGCUGGUAAAGUUAAAUCUCAAACUCCAAAGGUCGACAAGACUGAAAAGCCAAAGAAGCCAAAGGGUAGAGCUUACAAGAGACUUUUGUACACCAGAAGAUUCGUCAAUGUCACUCUAGUUAACGGUAAGAGAAGAAUGAACCCAGGUCCAUCCUCUCAAUAA